GUGUAAUAACACUGAACAUAAAGGAGUAUGGUAACCAACACUUUUCAUCUUUUCAGAUUACAGGGGACCGUUUGUUCGUUGUGAUUUUUCAUGAACUAAGAUCACUCAAGCUCGCAUCUUUAUCUUCUCGAUGGUUCGAAAAAGUUAUAGAGCUGCCGAAACAGUGGCUAGAUCUUUGACUGCUGAGAAGUACCUAAAGAAAAUAGGCCUUGGAAAGGAAGACUACUACUUUUGGAAACAAAUAGGCAAAACACUUUUAUGCACAUACACAGUGUUCGGUGCCGUGUGGUUAUACAAUGAAACAUCCCCACUUGGUUGGUGGACGCUGAAACCAGUACCCAAGGAAGAGAAAGAACUGGCUCAUCUCUAUCAACGAAUCAAUUACCCGUACCCUGGUGACGAGGAGGCCAUGACUGAUUUCAUUGCAAAAGGUGGGAUGAUUGGGACAAUGGUGAGUGCCAAAGGGACCAUAGAGAUGGACUCCUCCGGUCCCAUGAACUAUCAGAAGCAGUUGCAGAAAGACAAGUUGGAUCAGGAAGCACUUAAGUUGUGGUUGAGGAUGAAGAAUGAAGUUGUUCAAGAGCUUCAGGGGAAAGGGUAUGUAUGAUUUGGAGUGAUUAUCAUCGAUGUUUCAAGUAUAAUAAUGUUUGAUUUUACUCGCGUGAAGAUGCAUGCAUAGUCGAUUAUUAUGUGAGUUUUAUGAAGUGACUUAGUUGUUAAAUAUUUAAACGGGUGUGUUUUGUUUCUUUUUAAUUUAA